AUGAGCAGGAUAUUUACCAGGGGAAUUAGCCAUACACUACGAAGGAAACAGCAGCAGCAGGAUUGGUGGUUUGUAGAUCCGACCUCUUCGUCGACGCCUUCUCAGUCAUCAUCCACUACCACUUCCACUUCACUCCCACCAGCAGAAUUACCAAGUUCAUUAAUUGAUUUACAUAAUCACCUUAACACCCUCCCAUAUCUCAAUAAAAGCUCCAUCAGCUGGAGACAUAUCGAUGAUUUCCAGUCAGAUUCAGACGAGCUUAUCGACAAUAAUGUUAGCUCUGCACUCAAUCCAUGGGUGUGGGCGGGUAAAGCGUGUCUGUUGGAUGGCAUUGGAGAACGCGGUAUCGACAGAACAUUCAGGGAUUUGCGGGCGUAUCUUAAACAGCGAGAAGGAAUUACUGUUAACAUGUACGGUCUAGAACAGCCUGAGCGUAAGAAGUAUACCCGCAAAGGUCUAUCUAAUCUACGUAAAUCUCAAGACAAUCUCAUCAAAGAUCGAGGUAGUUGGGGCUUGAUAGAGCAUUUUGACAAGCAGACUGGUGUGUCUUCUGUCUUUGGCAUUUGGGAGAAAACCAACGAAGCGGAUCAAUGGGGUGCUUUCGAGUAG